UCAACAGAUGAGGUUCACUGAUGCCCCAGUGACUGUCAUUUAACAUUAUUUUAGUGUGUGGGAGAUUCUAUUAAAAAGUAAGUGAAAAGUAUCUCAGGAAGUAUUAGCAGGAAUUUAUUCUGGCUCAAGUCUGCUGUAUGAGCUUGCUGAAUGCCUUAGACAGGAGGGCGAACAAAACUGUAUAGUGAAUGCACAGCUGACACCAAGAUUGACACAUAAGGUCACUUUCACUUUUGUUACUCACAGCAACAUUCACAUUAUCUUCUGAUCUGAUCCAGUAUUUGUUGAUCCAAAUAUUUUUGGUCCCAUUUGUCUAAAAAUCCCACUCAGCAAGCUCAUACAAGCCUAUUGUAAUGAACUAAUGAUAUUAGCAGAUACACAAAUGAGAAAAAAUCGACACAUUCACUUAAUUUACAUUCACACAUGAGCACCAUCAUCACUGUAUCACGUUAUCAUGAUUACCUGUUAAGAUGUCUUUGGCCACACGGUCUAACUUAUCCAUAUUGCCGUCCAUAUGCCCGUUGUGAGCAAAGCAGCUGGAAACAACUCACUCGUUAACUGUGAAUAAAAACAAAAUACUGUCAAAACAAGCUAUACAUUAGACAGAAAAUCGUGCAGAGCCAGCCUUUAAAACCAGGCAGAAUUUUUUAGGUAAAGUAUAAUCAUUAACACUUCACAUUAUUUACGGCGGAGUAUAGCCGCAUUAGUCAAAGUAAUCAACAGCAUGUUUGAGACCAAAAAUGGCCAAUGCGAGGACGAUGUCGCUAUGCUCAUGCGUCCCCCACGUGUUAACAUGCAGACUAAAGGGAAACCUUAUACUUGGGGAUUGACGAUGUCAUUCAUGCCAACCAUUGCCAACAAAAGACAGCGGGUGAAUGUAUAACAUAUAAUUAGCAGAGUAAAAUAUAUCAUGCGAGGUUACUACAUAUCAUGCGAGGUUACUACAUAAGGCAAACUGCACCAAAGGUAUCAUAGUUAGCAUUAGCCAUCUGGAGAUUGUGCAAGGUGCACGAAGCUUUGGCCCCCUUUUCCAAUAGGUUUAUUUUUUUAAUUUACCGGAACCUCGACUCCUUUAAAAAUGUACUCAAAUGAUCUUUGACUGAAAUAAUCUCCAACCCUCUAUGGUCUGAAAGUUUCAUACACACCUGAUAGCGUAUCUGUAUCUUCUGAUAUCUCCUCUUCUCACGUCCUUGCAGCAGCAGCAGCCAGGGUAAAAAGAACGCGCAUAUAUUUUUAAACGGAGAAGUCGUUAGGCGAAUCCAAGUCAGCCCGAAUUGGGAGUGCAUGGAAUUGUGGAAUAAAAUCGAAGAGUUAUGAAGUAGUCAACUAUAGCAGUCAAUAAAAGUUUCGUCUCCAGUUUUGAAAAAGAAAUUUACUAUUUGGGUAAAAGAGGCUGGGUGCAAUCACACAAUUCACAUUAGGUCAGUCACCCCAACCCCCCGGUUUUGUAUGGAAUUGUCCAUCGCGAGAAAGCGGGAAAGCGAAAACGCGGGAUCUCAAUCAAUCAAUGCAUAGUUAGGAACACUUUGUGAGGAUGGCUGGUUGGCGAUGUGUGAUUUGCUUUGCAUUUAUUGCACUGACUUUAAAAGUGUUUUUAAGCCACAUUAACACGGUGCAUGGACGUAGUCGAAACUUCCGUGUGAUUUGUGGAAUCGAUGGGUGCAAAGAAGAAUACCGGGUAUUCAAUUCAUUCUAUUAUCACAUCAAGCGUAGGCAUGCAGCGUACCUCGCCAAUGGUCGUCCGCCCAGGGACUUGAUUCCAGUUAGCUCAAGGUGCCAUGGGGGUGAACGAUUCGACAUGGGCCUACCUAUUUUUUCCAACUGUAUCACUCCAGCUACCCACCAAGUUCAAGAUUCUACUCCAACUACCAAUAUGAGGCAGAACACAACGCAGGUUGACUUUAGAGAAGAUGACGCUUGCCAGGAGAGCGGGGGGAUUGAACAACUGCAAUCUAACAAGGAAAAGGAAUUGUCCAGACAUGCAGCCGCCUUUACCGUGGAUGUUCGUGAAACUUGCUGUCUUUCUCGGGUAGGAUAUGCUUUUUUGUGAUUUUAUGGGUUUCACUGAGGACAGAUCACAUUUUUACUUAAAUUGUAUUUGCAAUAAAAGAUGUGAAUACUACAUAAAAUUCUUCUGAGUGACACAUUUUAUGUUUUCACCCAUAUCCUGUCAUUCAUAGUCUUUGUAAUGCCAUAAUAGUGUGCUUUUCUGCCUCUUCUCACUACAGGGUAAUACCAACAGGAUUAUAGGGAAAACCCAGCAGUUACAAAUGGCUGUUGUAGGAACCUUGCAGGACAGAGUGAUGGAUGUCUUUGAUAGACAUGACCCUUCAGUCAGCAUUGACCAGCUCCGAAAUGAGAUUUUGGCAACGUUUGAGGGUUUUCCAGAUCCAUUUUCCAACUUGACUACAACUUACAUGCAGGACCAAACCAUUGAGGAACUAUUUAAACCAGUGGAACCAGAGGAGGUUAUAAUUUCACAAACACUGUGUAGAGUUAAGCGAGGCUCUUCAAGGGUUCUUACCAUUAGAAACAAAGUUUUUUUCUAUGUUCCUCUCAUCAAGAGUCUACAGCAACUGCUAUCCAACCCUAGAAUUUUUAGCAUGGUCAGUAAUCCACCAGAAAAUUGUAACAAAAAUGGAUAUCUCCGUGACAUUGUGAAUGGCAGCCUUUUCAGAACUCAUCCAUUGUUUUCUGUUAAGCCAACUGCUUUACAGUUAAUUUUGUAUUCCGAUGAAAUAGAGAUUUGCAACCCUCUUGGACCCCAUGCCUCAAAGAACAAGUUACUCAUGUUUUAUUAUACUGUAGGAAACAUAAACCCCAAGUUUAGGUCUAAGCUUGCAGCCAUAAGACGUCUUGCCAUUGCAAAAGCUGAGGAUAUCUCAGAGGCUGGUGCUGAUGUUAUAUUAACAAGAAUUGAACAGGAUUUGAAGGAACUGUACAAUGGUGUCAACAUUGAAGUUGGAAAUAGUGAGACUAUAUUAUAUGGUGCAGUAAUAUCAAUAUGUGGUGAUACCCCUGCUCAGCAUGACCUGGCCGGGUUUAAAUCUGGAGUUGGGUUUGCUUUCAGUAAGUGUAGGCAUUGUGAGUGUGACUUUGAGACAAUGCAAAACCAAUUUGAUGAAAAUAGUUUUACCCCAAGAACAUUACAAAGUCACAUCAGGCAGUGCAGAGAAAUAGAGAGGGCCAGUACAGACUCUCUUAAAAAUGCCCUCAUGACUACCUAUGGUAUAAAAAGAAGGAGUAAACUUUUAGAUUUUCCAGGCUAUGAUCUCAUUCAACAAACCCCUCAAGAUAUAAUGCACAUCAUGCUUGAGGGUGUUGUGCAACAGGAAAUAAAAUGUGCAUUAAAGCACAUUAUUUUGUCAGGGCAUAUUGAUCUAGACUCUAUAAAUUCAGUUAUACAAGGUUUUCCAUAUUCAAACAGGGAUAUAAAAGACAAGCCAUGUCCAAUCAGUGUGAGUACAAUGGCUUCUGAUGAUAACAAACUAAAACAGUCUUCUGGACAGAUGCUGAUAUUUCUGAAGAUAUUCCCUUUUAUUAUGAAUAGCAUCAAGGACAAUGUCUAUGUACAGUUUAUCAUCGAAUUAAUUCAAAUAACUCACAUUCUUUUUGCUCCUAUUGUGAUGACGGAAACCUUACAAAAACUGAGAGUAUUGAUAGAGCAGCAUCUGAAACAAUUUAGGCAACUUUUCCCAGACAACAACAUAACCCCUAAGCAACAUUAUAUGCUACAUUUACCCUCACAAAUUGAAGCACUGGGUCCUUUGACUAGACACAUGUGCAUGAGGUUUGAGUCUAAGCAUUGUUUUUUUAAACAGUGGUCCUCUAAAUUAAAUUAUAAAAAUGUCUGCAAAUCUCUUGUAAAUCAUAGCAAAAUUGUCGAAAGUACCUAUCAAACAAACAAUAUAUUUGCUCAUGAAAAAGAAUUAGGCCCCACAUCAGCGGUAUCAGAGGCCUCAGAGGCAUAUGUCGGUUCAAAGAUUAGAGAUUUUUUGAAUAUUGACAGUUUCCAUCAUGUAAUCUCUGUGAAAUGGAUGUCUCUUAAUGGCAACAAGUACAUUAGUGGAAAGACUUUAAUAAUCACAGACUCAAAUGAUGGGCUCCCUAUUUUUGGACUAAUAAGUAAUAUUUAUGUUAUUGAUUCAUCUUUAUUUUGCUGUGAAUAUCAAGUGUUUGACACAUUGAAAUGGGAUACAGAUUUACAAUCAUAUGAAAUUGCUGUGCCAAAUGCUGCACAGGCAACAGAGUUUAUAGAUUUAGAAAAACUACCUGAUUACACUGCAUACCACCCUGUACCAUUCAAUAGUAAAACAUAUGUUUUGAGAAAAUAUGACCUAACUGACGUUUUGUUGUAUGAGAAGGUAUGAUGUAUUAAAAUAAAUGAGUGAAUCAGCACAGAAGAAAUAGUUUGCUUUAUUUACUGUAUGUUAAUCCUUAAGGCAGAGCUUCUAUUAUAAUAAGCUUAUAUGUAUGAUGUACUGUAGUUAUGAUGUAUUGUAGUUUACUUUGUUCUGCAACGUGAACGGGCCACCGGUGAGGUUCAGAAUCUCAAAGCUAAAUCAUGAAUGACAAUCUCAAUGACCCUAUCAAUUUGAAUGCAAUCACAGUUGAUUAGCUGGAAUAUCUUAAUGAGAUGGGUCAGUUCUUAAAAUAGGUUAAUAUGGAUUGUCUUGAAACAAGUAAAAAUGUACUCACAGUCUAAAUGUUAACGCGACUCAGUCCGUAAUGUGUGCUAUUUUAAGAAAAAAGCUGCUCAGAAUUAGUUUUAUUAUCUAGGUAGGAUGAAAAAGAUGAAUUUUCUUGAAACAAGUCAAAUAAUCUAAACAAUAUUCAGUCUUACUAAGAAAAUACAUUGAAAAACAAGUGUAAUAAGACCAAAAUGCUAAAUUCAAGUUUAUUACACUUUUAUAGAUUUUCAUUUUUUGCAGUGUAUAUAUUAUAUGAUAUAGAUAUCUAUGUAGGCAAUAUGAUAAUAUUUAGAUAUAGAG